GCCACACUUUGGGUUUAAUAGAAGCGACAGUGAAGGCGUCUGGCUGCCUGGGACGACAUGAAGGCUCUGUUAUUCACCUGUUUUCUGGUGCCGUGGCUGGCGUCCGGCUCAGCACAGCGGUCCAACCAGGACUCACAGCUCAUACCAGGAUCUGUUGCCGGCAGGGAGCUGGGAGGAUACUUCACUGACCAAAUCGCUUUGAAAUCAAGAAGGGCUAAGAGGGCGCUGCCUCCUCAUGCGGACAUGGCUGAUGAACCAGAUGACAGCCCGAUCCCAGAGGGAGGAGACGCCACCGACCUGCCCACGUGUCUGCUGUGUGUGUGUCUGACCGGCUCGGUGUACUGCGAGGAGGUUUCUCCAGACAUGACUGCAGUUCCCACCCUACCGAAGGAGACGGCCUACCUGUACGCCCGCUACAACAAGAUCAACAAGAUCACCGCCAAGGACUUCGCUGACAUCGUGACUCUGAGGAGGAUUGACCUGACAGGGAAUGUGAUCUCAGAGAUCGAGGACGGAGCCUUCUCCAAGCUGACCCUGCUGGAGGAACUGUCACUGGCUGAGAACCGACUGGUCAAACUGCCCAUGCUCCCCGCCAAACUCACCACCUUCAACGCCAACUACAACCUGCUCAGAACCAAAGGUGUCAAGGCGACAGCUUUCAAGAAACUGACGAAGCUGGUGAACCUGUUCCUGGCCAACAACCAGCUGGAAGCUGUUCCACAGUUCCCUGAAUCUGUUCGCAUUGUGCAUCUACAGAACAACAACAUCACUGAGAUCAGCGCUGACACCUUCUGUAAGGGCAAUGACACGUACUACCUCCGACCCAACCUCAGCGAGGUCCGCAUGGACGGCAACCCCGUGCUGCUCUCCAAGUACCCCAACAGCUUCACCUGCCUCAAGUCUCUGCCCAUUGGACGAUACAACUGACAUGGCAGGAACUUCACCCCAGUCCACCAGCAGCAGCAGGGCUGGUUUCCCAACAUGAAGAACUGAGGGAACACCAACACGUUCUGGAUUUUAGUGAGUUUUCUACACAGGUUCCACAGUGGCAAACAUGUUUCAGCACCUGUGCUGCAGUGAUCCUAAAAACAGCUUGUAAAAUGAACAGAUUCCUCCCUAACACCAGCAUGCACUGAUAGCUGCAAGCCAACCAACUAGCUAGCAGCUAACUGCAUCCUUUGAUUUCAGAGAGGGACAUUAAUCAUUACAAAAAAAAUCUCUCAAUAAAGAGGCAUUUUUGUUUCUUUAUGACAAGUAAUGGAUGAAAAUAAAAAUAUGCAUCAACACUAAAAUUCAAAAUAUUGCGGCUUCCCUUUAGACAGCUCUUUGCUCUUUUUUCUGACCUAAACUCAUACCUCUUUUAGAACUGUAAAACCUUUCAAAUUAAGAUCAAGUAUACAUCCAAAGGUUUUGUAAAAGUUCCAUCAUAAUACACUAAGUAAAAUAUAUUUUUAAUGUUGGUUCUUAGUAGGUCCAUACAUUUUUCCAAAUGAAAUCCAAUUUCAUCUACUUCUAUAAUACUGCCUCACAGCUGAAUGUGAGAGUAAUCUAACUGAACUGAGCACUUGCUGGUAAACCAUGUCUCAACAUGUUAACCAGCAAGGAAAACAGGUCAUGCCAGAGGAAUGACACCUUCUGACUUGAGCAGCCAAUCAGUAUUUCAGUAAGAACAGAGGGAUAUUUUGGCAUGCUGACUUGUAGUCUCAUUUUCUUCACCUGUGACUUGUCAUUCUACGGUGAAGCUCAUAACAUGUGAACUUGCACGUGGCCUGUGAGCUUUGUCAGCAUUUCUGACCAAAAGCAGUUCGUGUAGUUAGCCAAAUAGCACGUUAAAUGUCCAAGUAUCCCUUUAAAUAUGUUUCUUUGACAUUUUCUUCGUAUCACACUGUUGGUCUUGGCCAAUUCAGACAACGAACAUUACAACAUCCUCAAACGCCAGCUGGAACUCAGUAAAUACACUUUGCUGUUCCAGAAUAAUGACUCUCAAGGUGAACUGGAAAGUUUGAGCUUUCCUCAGUGUCGUGUGAAUUAACUUCAUUUGUUAGUAUUCAGUAGAAAUGACUCCAAUUAAGGACAAUGACGGAGUAGACUUGUCGAAUUUUAGGUCUUCGUCGAUAUUUUGCAAAUUAACUUCACUUUGUUUUAACUUAUAGACUCUAGUUAAAGUGAACUGGGGUACGAUGUAUCAAUGAACUAUAGUAAUGUGAAAGUUACUCUUCUUUACUUUUUCUGCUUUGAAUUUUCCUACCCUAACCCUGUCUCCCCAAGUCUUACAAUAAUAAGAAAUGAUGUGACUUUGGGAGCCAUUACCUAUGUGAAUAAGACAAUGAUGUACAGUAAAAAUGUGUAUGUGACAUGGCUAUGUGUUUAAGAUAUUUUAAUAAAGUUAAACUUUUUUUAAAUUAAA